AUCACUCUCUCUCUCUCUCUACUAACAGACACAUACCAGCCCAUACCAUACCCCUCUCUCUCUCUCUCUCUCUGUGCGCGCACCGCCAUGGGCUCAUUCGAAAUCGAGAUAUCAGACCAACACACACCACCACCACCACCACCAAAACAACACAACGAACCCGAAGAAGAAGAAGAGGAGGAAUCCCCAAUCGAGCAAGUCCGAUUAACAGUGUCGAACACAGACGAGCCGAGCCUACCCGUAUGGACCUUUAGAAUGUGGUUUCUAGGACUCCUCUCGUGCGUCCUCCUCUCCUUCCUCAACACCUUCUUCGCCUACCGAACCGAACCUCUGAUCAUUUCCAUGAUUUCAGUCCAAGUGGCCACUCUCCCAAUCGGGCGCUUCAUGGCCAAGGUCUUGCCCAGCGCCAAGUUCCGGGUACCGGGGUUGGGGUCGGCGGAGUAUUCGUUGAAUCCGGGACCCUUCAACAUGAAGGAGCAUGUCUUGAUUUCUAUAUUCGCCAAUGCCGGUUCCGGGUUCGGUAGCGGAGCGGCUUAUGCGGUUGGUAUUGUUGAUAUUAUUAAGGCUUUUUAUCACCGGGAAAUCUCCUUUUUCGCCAGUUGGAUUCUCGUCAUCACUACCCAGGUAUUGGGGUAUGGAUGGGCUGGGAUUCUGAGGAAGUACGUGGUGGAUCCUGCGGCGAUGUGGUGGCCGAGCAGUCUCGUUCAAGUUUCUCUUUUCAGGGCCCUCCAUGAGAAGGACACAAACCGGAUGUCGCGGGGAAAAUUCUUUUUGAUAGCACUAGUUUGCAGCUUUUCAUGGUACCUCUUUCCGGGCUACCUAUUCCCAACCUUGUCAAACCUUUCUUUGGUCUGCUGGGCUUUCCCAAGCUCUGUAACGGCUCAUCAACUCGGUUCAGGCAUGAAAGGCCUUGGCAUUGGUUCCCUAACCCUGGAUUGGUCAGUCAUAGCCUCAUUCCUUGGCAGCCCACUCAUCACCCCAUUCUUUGCCAUUGUCAAUGUCUUUGUGGGCUAUGUAACAGUAAUCUAUGUCUUAAUCCCAAUACUCUACUGGGGAGUGAACCUUUAUCAUGCCAGAAAUUUCCCUAUUUUCUCUUCCCAUUUGUUUAAUGGCCAGGGUCAACUGUAUAAUGUAACCGCCAUUGUCAAUGACAAGUUUGAGAUAGACAUGCCGGCUUAUUUGAAGCAGGGUCGUAUAAACCUCAGUGUCUUUUUUAGUUUGACAUAUGGCCUUGGUUUCGCAGCUGUUGUAGCCACUCUCUCGCAUGUCAUCAUGUUUAAUGGAAGGGAAAUAUAUGAUCAAUUCCAAACUUCAUACAAAGGAAAGAUGGACAUUCACACAAAACUAAUGAGAAAAUACAAGGACAUUCCAAACUGGUGGUUUCACGUGAUGCUUGUUUUGUCACUGGCACUUUCUCUCAUACUUUGCAUCUUCAUGAAAGAUCAGGUUCAAAUGCCAUGGUGGGGACUCCUCUUUGCUUCAGCCCUCGCUUUGAUUUUCACCCUCCCGAUCAGCAUCAUAACCGCCACAACAAACCAGACACCAGGAUUAAAUGUGAUCACAGAGUAUAUCAUGGGUGUGAUAUUACCAGGAAGACCCAUCGCCAAUGUUUGCUUCAAAACCUAUGGUUAUAUAAGCAUGAGCCAGGCAGUCUCCUUUCUCAAUGAUUUCAAGCUAGGCCAUUACAUGAAGGUCCCACCUAGAUCAAUGUUCAUAGUCCAGUGUGCUGGAACUAUCAUAGCUGGAACAGUCAACAUGGCCACAGCAUGGUGGCUCCUAACAACCAUCAAGAACAUCUGCCAAGACACUCUCCUCCCUCCAAACAGUCCCUGGACAUGCCCUGGCGACCGUGUCUUCUUCGAUGCAUCGGUAAUCUGGGGUUUAGUGGGCCCCAAGCGAAUCUUCGGCAAACUCGGAAACUACACAGCCCUCAAUUGGUUCUUCCUAGGAGGUGCUCUAGGACCAGUUUUAGUAUGGUUGCUGCACAAAACAUUCCCAAAACAAAAUUGGAUUCCCAUGAUUAACCUUCCGGUGCUCCUUGGAGCCACCGCCGCCAUGCCACCCGCAACAACGUUGAAUUUCAAUAGUUGGCUUUUCGUUGGGACAAUUUUCAAUUUCUAUGUUUUCCGCUAUAGGAAGGAUUGGUGGCAGAGGUACAACUAUGUACUUUCAGCAGCAUUGGAUGCUGGGCUGGCAUUCAUGGGUGUGAUCCUCUACUUCUCACUUAGUAUGGAGGGUGUGAGUGUGUCGUGGUGGGGAUCAGACGGUGAGCAUUGUGGUUUGGCCACUUGUCCUACUGCAAAAGGUGUAGCUGUUGAUGGGUGUCCACUGCAUUGAUAUUUUUAUUUUUAUUUUACGUUAAUUAGCAUGUUCAAAUGAUUUAUAUUCACAAAAAUUAUAAAAAAUU